AUCUUGAUGGCUUUGGUGCUGUCGUACACUACUGGGGAGUGGGCUAACUGGAGACGCUACUGGAAAGAACGGCACUAUCCAGCGUGCGCCCUUGACAAUUGGACACAGCCUUCGUGUGUGAGUGUAGGUUAGUGUUCUACAGGACGAGUGUGUGUGUGUGUGUGUGUGUGUGUGAGGGAGAGUGUGUACAUUAAUGUUCUGUAGGGCGCGAGAGCGUGUGCGAGUGUUUAGGCUAGUGUUCUACAGGACGAGUGUGUGUGUGUGUGUGUGAGUGUGUGUGUUUGUGAGUGUGCGUGUGGGCGAUCGGAGACGGACGAUGGUGGCUCAGAAGAAGUUGAGCGUCACUGACCCAGAGGAGGACUGUGAGCCUCUACUGCCCGCUGUCUCACACACACACACUCUCUCUCAAACACACACCAACACACACUCUAUCUCACACACACACACCAGCACACACACUCACACACCGCAGACCAGCAGAAGGGGGGAGGCCAGAGACUUUUUCAUCAGCCGGGAGAGGAACCUCAGCAUCAGUGUGGUCUUGUUGUUGGGCUGCUUCUCUGCCCUGUUGGUCCCUGCCUACCUGCCCUCUAACGCACCCAUCUGGACCAAUGACAGCACUCCGUCAGCCAACAAGGCACUACUGAGCCACUCUGCUGCUCUGCUGGAGGGGGAGUGUCUCAGGGGGAGGAGCCGAAGCCAUUUGGGGGCGGUGCCUUUUGCAGACAGGCUGAAUGAAGUUGGCGUGUUCUUGGAGAGUGAGGAGGCGGGUCCGUGGGAGUGGGGUCCGCCCCUGGGGCUGAGAGGGGCGGAGCAUACUCUGAAGGGUGCUCUGAGCGUGCUCACAGAGAGCGGCCUGCCAGCGCAGCUCAACGGCUCCACCUGCAGGCGAUGUGUGGUAGUGGGCAGCGGGGGAGUUCUGCAUGGAAGCAACCUGGGAGCACACAUCGACCAGUACGACAUCAUCAUCAGGAUGAAUAACGCCCCAGUGUUUGGCUUUGAGCGGGACACGGGCUCCAGGACGUCCAUCAGGCUGCUGUACCCAGAGGGAGCUCCCCUGCUGGGCCACAGCUACCUCAACACCAGCCUGCUGGUCCUGGUGCCCUUCAAGAGCCUGGACCUCUACUGGCUCUCCAGCGUGGUGGCCCGCACACCCCUGAGCUGGUGGUCCAGGUUGUGGUUCUGGAGGGAGGUAGUGGAGAACGUUCCGCUUCAGCCAGAGAACUUCCGGAUCCUCAACCCAGACGUCAUGCACAGAACUGGGCAGGUGCUCCAGGACUACGCACAGCACCCACACACGAUGGUGCCUACUCUCGGCGCGUGUGCGACAGUGCUGGCGCUGCAGGUGUGUGACGAGGUGAGUCUGGCGGGAUUCGGUUACGACCUGCAGCAUCCCGCCGCCCGCCUCCACUACUACGAGUCGCUGCGCAUGGGCGCCAUGGAAACGCAGGUGGUUCACGACGUGGGGGCGGAGACCCGAUUCCUACGGCAAAUGGUGAAAGCAGGCGUCGUCAACGACCUCACUGGAGCAAUAUGAUUGGAUCACUGCCUCACUGCAGUAAUCUGAUUGGCUGAUUGUAAAUGUUGAUAUUAGAGAUUAUAUCAGCAUGCAUCUUUCUACCCCUCUUAAACGCACUCAAAACAUACACACUCAGAACUGUACACACACACAAACAUACAUUGUCAGAACUGUACACACACGGACACAGAAUUGCACACACAUGGACAAACCUUGAGAUCACUGUGGACAGGAUUUUUAAAAAGUGGUUUAUUAAAACAGAUGUAUUAACAGGAAGUUGUGCCACAUCAUCAGGUAAACACACAAACUGUUUGCCAGUGAUAAAAUGAGACUGAAAACAAAACACUUGUGUCCAAUGUUAUCUGUACAUUUUUUAAAUUACGUAUGGGAUUUGAUCUGGAUCUGGAUCAUGGACAUUAAAAUAUAUCAAAAA